AUGGCCGACUCUCACGAUGAUGGUUCAAGUCUGGCGCAUUUCGUGCUGAGCCAGAUAGGCUUUUCGAUACCUGCGAAUCUAGAAGAGCGAGAAAUCCCCACAACAAGGCGCAUGGCAAUAAUCGACUAAUAGUUAUACAGAGCUAUGAACCUCAUCAAAUUGGCGAUAAACAACAUCGCGCCCAUCUUCAUCGUCACCUCACCAGUCACUUCAUACGGCGACCAAAUAUGGAGCAUGAACAAGAACCGCUCCUCGGCCGGCUUCUCGUUGGACAUUCCGCUCAUCAUGCUGGUUGCUUCGACUCUCAAGUAAGUCACAUGACUGAUGUCCGUUACCAGUACCCUGGAUCACGCUAAUCAGCGAGUUUGCAGGAUCUUCUACUGGCUCGGCUCCCGAUAUGACUUUCCGCUCCUCAUCCAGGCAAGCGUCAUGGUGAUGGUCCAGAUUUUGCUGCUCCACAUCGCACUCAUCUAUCGACCACCCUUCGGAGCUCAACAUAGCCUGAACAAGCCAUUUGCGGGAGUCACCGAAGGCGACAGCUAUGUCAGCCGACCCCACAAUUUCUGGCAGUGGAGAAGCCGCAAACCAUACUGGCACUUCCUGGCCUACUACACCAUCACGCUGGCGGCAUUACAGGUCCUGAUUGGAAGCAAUGAGCUCUACGUCGUUAUCCAAGGUUACGUUGCGUUGAGUGUUGAGGCAAUAUUACCUAUCCCUCAGAUUCUGGAGAACCGGCGAAUUCGAUCUUGCAAGGGUUUCCGGUUGAGUGUCCUGGUGAAUUGGUUGAUUGGCGAUGUGUUCAAGAUGACGUAUUUCUUCUUGUCGGAUGGAGGUGUGCCCUGGGCGUUCAAGUUGUGCGGUCUGUUCCAGGCAGCCUGCGAUUGCUAUCUUGGAGUUCAGUACUGGAUGUACGGUGAAGGAGAGCCGGUCGUCGAUGUCGAUAUGAAGGAGACCAGGCUGGCGUAG